AUGGACAAGCUCCAGAAGAAGUUCGAUGAAAGGGACGGGUCCUCGGAGUCCCAUGACAUACUGUCCACCCCGUUCGCGAGUUCUAUCAUGGAAGAACCCUUGCCCAAGGAUUUCCGUUUCCCCGCCAUCAAGGCAUACUCAGGGACCACGGACCCACGGGCGCACCUCACCAGGUACAGGGCCGCCAUGUUGAUUACCGAGGCUACCGACGCCAUCCUAUGCAGGGGAUUCUUUGCCACUCUGGACGGGCAGGCACAUGACUGGUUCGGGUCCCUGCCAGGGGGAUCCAUCUCCACCUUCAAGGACCUAACCAAGCAGUUCCUGUCCCACUUUGCCACCAGCAUACCAAGGAAGAAGCAGGUUGCCGACCUGUGCGACCUGAAGCAGAAGAGCUCGGAGUCAUUAGCCGAGUAUCUCAGUAAGUGGAAGAAGGAAGUCAUGGGAGUCGCCAACUUCGAUGGAUCUCAUCCGGUACCCCCGAAGAACUAUGUCGACCUGAUGGACAGGGCGGCCAGGUAUGCUGACGCCGAAGCUGCCGAGAAGAGAAAAAGGGAGCAGGAAGAAGGGAGAGGUCGGAAGGACAAGGCUCCCCAGGAGGAACGCGGCAGGGCAUCUCGGCAGCAUCGUCGCGACCACACCGAGGGGCCCAGGCUGAACCCCACACGUUUCCUUACCCCGCUGACGCACCCCGUGAGUGUCAUCCUAGCCCACGCGGAGGACCAGGGGAUCGUCGAGUUCCCGAAGGAGGAGUGCAUGAAGAUCUCGGCGAAGGGCGAACCCAAGAAAUACUGUCGGUUCCAUCGCCAAAAGGGUCAUGACACGGACGAGUGCAUCCUCCUGAAGAAGCAAAUUGAGGAGCUCAUCCAGAUGGGUUACCUGGGCCACUUCAUUAAACGGCCCAGCCAACCCCAAUGCCAGGGCCGGGACAACGUAUGA